AGAGCAGACUCAUCCGGGACAUAUGGGUUGUCAGGAUCAGGCAAACCAAAAUCAAGCCCCAUAUGGGCAGAACCAGAUGAGCAAACAAAUCAACCAGCUGACUGUAAAUUCGUCCCAGAUGAGCCACAUGCAGCUGAAUCACAGUCAGUUAACUAGUAUACCAAGUGGUAAUCCAAAUAUGAAUCAUGGACAUUUGAACAGUGCGCUACCAUCCCACAUGCAAAUGAUUCAGCAACAAAGUCAUCAAAAUCAGUCAAGUCGUGUACACCACUCGCAAGGAAUUACUGACAAAACAAUGGAAGGAGAUGAUAGUGAAAGUGAACAAGAAAGUAGUGAUGUGGAAGAACUGUCAGAAAUGGGAAAUAAGGGUACUGUAGGGAAAGUUAGGCCUCUUACGACAGUUGAAGGUGCAAGUGAUGUGGAAGAGGUGGCAGGCGCAAGGGAUAGUUCUUCACAUCAAGAAAGGAAGGUACCAGAUACUACAGUAACUAGUGUCAAAGACAGUAGUGUAAAGCGUAAGGCACCAGAUUCAUCAUCCACUGGUCACAGCAAAAAGAAAUAUAAAGGCUCAGGUGUGGAUAGCAGUAACAAAGACAUCAGUAAAUCGAGAAGCAGAUCAUCAUCUUCUUCAUCAUCUUCAUCUGCCUCCUCAUCAGAAAGUGAAGAUACGCAGAGUGAGCAGAAUAAAACAGCAGUUGAAAGAAAAUUUUCAAAUAUGAGACGAAAUAUCCGUGAAGUGAUGAGUGAAAGUCAACUUGAUGAAGAGACUUUAGCAGCUCAACGCCAGGAAAUGGAGAGGUUACGGAGAGUACAAGAACAGCAGCGUAUUAUUAGAGAGGUUCAGCGCCAAAUUGUGCUUAAUCGCCAAAACAAUAAGACUCAGACAAGAGUUAUUUCACUACUUCAAGGCAACACAUCACUGUUGAGACAAACAUCGUCCAGUUCAAGUACAAGUACGACAACCAGCAGCAGCAGUGGCAGUACACAAUUGCGGCUUCCUAGUACAGUCCUGGUCAAGCUUGCUUCCCAACAGUCUGGAUCGGGCUCCAUUCUCUCCACCUCCAGUUCUGGAUCUGCCAGUAGCUCACAAACUGCUACUGCAACGAAGAAGGUUUAUGAAUUGCUGCGAGUGCACAAAGAAGCAACGGCAGCAGGAUCUCGUGCAAUGUCUCGCAGCAGCUCACGUGCACCCGUACAUAUGAUGACACCCUCAGUGUCUAUUGCACCUGUCGUGUCGGGCCGGCAGCAGUCAGGAACUGACACAGAGGCUGAUGACGAUUCAGAUCGUGAGGAGACAGCUAUACGCAAGGUCUCUGGCAAACCGAAAGGUAAAGAUGUUGUUACAAUCAGCAGCAGCAGUGAUGAUGAUGAUUGCAUAUUACUAUCGGAACCUUCCAGUGGAGAUGAAGCAGAUCCUGUGGAUGAUCCUACUAACUCAGGAAUGCAUACAAAUGACCUUUACAAUGUUCCUGAUGAACAAGGCCGUGUUCUUGUGAAUGUGGGGCAUCCUUCUACUGAGCCAGAUAUUUUCCUGGCACCGCAGAUUGCCAGAGUCAUCAAACCACAUCAGAUUGGUGGUGUGAGAUUCUUGUAUGACAAUGUUGUUGAAUCUCUUGAUCGCUUUAAUACAUCAACUGGAUUUGGUUGUAUAUUGGCACAUUCAAUGGGUCUUGGAAAGACAUUACAGGUGGUUUCAUUCUGUGACGUAUUCCUACGACACACUGAUGCGCGAACAGUACUGUGCAUCAUGCCAAUUAAUACUCUGCAAAACUGGUUGGCCGAGUUCAACAUGUGGCUGCCAGAAAAGGAUCCAGAAAAUUCCCCGUUGGCUGUUCAUGGAGAAGUUAGAACCAGAAACUUCCCGUUACAUGUUCUGAAUGACUCUCAUAAAUCAAUGGUAGCUCGCAGCAAGGUUAUACAAGAAUGGUCAAAGAAUGGUGGUGUUUUACUCAUUGGCUAUGAAUUAUAUCGACAGUUAAGUCUGAAACGUGCACAUAAGACAAAAAAGCGCCGAAAAAAGUCUGCAGAUAUUGUUGAUGUUGAUGAAGAUGACAAGACUAAAGUGUUACUGGAUGAAAUGCAGGCCGCAUUGGUGAAGCCUGGACCAGACCUAGUCAUCUGUGAUGAAGGACAUCGUAUCAAAAACAGCCAUGCGUCCAUAUCUCAAGCCCUGAAACAAAUUCGUAGCAAACGGCGAGUAGUGUUAACUGGGUAUCCACUCCAGAACAAUUUACUGGAAUACUGGUGCAUGGUUGACUUUGUGCGCCCAAAUUAUCUAGGGUCCAGAACUGAGUUUUGCAAUAUGUUUGAAAGACCCAUUCAAAAUGGCCAGUGUAUCGAUUCAACACCACAAGAUAUCCGAUUGAUGCGAUACCGAGCUCACGUCUUACAUUCCUUACUGGAGGGGUUUGUACAGAGGCGCAGUCAUUCUGUAUUACAAGUGUCUCUGCCGCAAAAAGAAGAGUAUGUACUGCUUCUCAGAAUGACUCCAUUUCAGCGUAAGCUGUAUGACACUUUUAUGAAUGAGGUUGUGAGAAAGAAAGCUGUACCUAACCCAUUGAAGGCUUUUGCUGUGUGUUGUAAGAUAUGGAACCAUCCAGAUGUUUUGUACUAUUUUCUGAAAAAACGUGCUGGUGGUGAAGAUGUGGAUUUAGACUUAGAUGAAGCAACUGCUGCAGCGGCUAAUGUAGCACCUGGAACUCCCAGUAGCAACUCUGGAACUGCAACACAGCCAAGUUCUCCACGAGGACCACCAGCAAAGAGGGGACGGGUACGUGGAAAUACCAAUCCUAACAGCCGUGCAAAUAAACGUGAUAAGAAGACCAGUGCAGCACAGCAAAAUGUUGGUGGAUCACCAAAUAAACCAGCCGCAUCUGUCACACCAAGUAGUACAGAAAUCAGUAGUACAGACCCAUCAAACUUGGGCUUGUCAUCUGGAAUUUCAGUCAGUGGUGCAGCACCAUCUGACCACAAAUCUCAGAUGCAAGAUCAACAACAACACCAACAACACCACCACCAUCAACAGCAGCAGCAGCAACAGCAACAGCAACAACACCAACAACAGUUGCAGCAGCAGCAACAACAGCAACAGCAGCAGCAACAGCAACAACAUCAUCAACAACACCAACAGCAGCAGCAGCUUCAUAAUCAGAACUUUGCCAUGAUGGGGCAUGCGAACCAGAACCAGUCCUUUGUAAAUGACCAUAGUGGCUCCUAUCACGAUAUGCAGUACCAUAAUUCUAGUCAUAAUGUUACGCAUUCUUAUGGUUCACAGGGAAACUAUGGUGUUACAGAAUUUGGGCCCAAUGCAACUAAUGCAUCAUUUGGAAACUUUGUCAAGACUGCCUACAAUAACUGCCCUGAUCAAGGAAAUACUGCUGUGUCUUAUGCAAAUAACCCAGGUGUAUCAUAUUACCAGACAAAUAGUUCUAGUCAGACUUCAACAUUCAGCUCACCAUACUACUCGCAUGCACCAGGCCAACAGAACACUAGUGGUAAUUCAUACCACUGUAGUUCUAACACAGCAGGGUCAACGUAUUGGCAAAAUACUCAGCCAAAUUACUUCCAACAGAAUAAUCAGAGUCAGUAUUAUGGUACAGGGAACACAGAUAAUAAUAUUUAUGGAACAUCUAAUAACUCUCAAUACUUUUUAGGCUCCAGUUAUACUGAUACAGUGAAUGGGGACCGUUAUAUGACCCAAGGAAACUCAGAUCGUGACAGAAAUAUGUAUUUUAUGGGAGAAAGUGACCAGAUGGUAAUGCAGGUUCCAACUCAAACAUCACAAAACCAAAUGAGAGAUUUGCGGAAUGGCAUGGGUAGUUCAUUAGACAUGAAUGUUCAGAAUCAAGUAAUGAACUCAGUGACUCCUGUUAAUAAUAAUUCUAACCAGAUUGCAAAUAUUGGUGGCCCACAGCCCCUUAUGAGGAAUCAGAGCAGUCAGCUUUCUAGUCAGACACAAGGUGACGGAUCACAAAAUUUUAUGCAGAAUCAGCAAAAUCAAAUGACUACCCAGCCCCAAUUAAAUGUUUCCCAUAAUGGACAGAAUCAAAUGAAUUCACUUGGUUUAACAGGGAGUAUAAAUAGUACAAUUGGAACAAUGCAGAUGCAAAUGAGAAACCAAUUGAAUCAGAUGACAAAUCAAAGCCAGAUCACCAAUAUGCAAAUGCAGAUGCAGAUGCAAAUUCAGAUGGUUAAUUUACAAAAUCAAGGUACGAACCAAAACCAAAUGAAUAACUUUCAAAAUCAAGCAGGAUGUCAACAAAAUCAGACAAGUCAACAGAAUCAAAUGGGAAUGCACCAGAUGCUAAAUCAACAGCAGCAGGUAAUACCACAAACAGAGAAUCAUCAAAAUAUGUCAAAUAUUCAUCCAAAUAUGGUUGGUGGUCAACAGCAUCAGAUUAUUCCACAACAGCAAAUUGUAUCACAACAGAUUGGAGGUCAGCAGAACCAAAGUGGACAACAAACACAAGUUGGACAGAUUAGUCAGUCUGGGCAGCAAACACAUGUGAGUCACCAACAGACCCAGCCGAUGAACCAGCAAACCCAAGAAAAUAUGCAGUCACAAUUAUCACCAUCUGUGUCUCAGUUGGAAACACACCACCUCCAGUCCGGUUCUCAACAGAACCUCACUAAUCAUGAAUCGAAUCGCCAGGUGCCCUUAGCUACACAUCAGGUAGGAAAUCCUCAGUCUCAAACUGCAACCCAUAUGAGUUCACAAGUUUCAGAGAUAUCAAAUCAUUUGGGAUCUCAGCAGCCCCAGAUGUCAAAUCAGACGGGAUCUCAGCAGCCUCAGAUGCCAAGUCAAAUUGGAUCACAGCAUUCACAGAUGCAGCCAAAUGUUGGACUACAGCAGAAUCAAGGAAUGUCUCAAAUUGGGAGUCUACAGCCUCAGGUGUCACCUCAGCUAGGAUCACAGCAAGUGCAACCAUCACCACAGAUCAUAGUCCAACAGUCCCAGAUGAUAUCUCAGUUGGAGAGUCAUCAAUCACAGAUUUCAUCUCAGAGGCAACCCCAUCAUUCCCAGUCACAUUCACAAGUUGGAUCACAGCAUUCCCAGGUGCUUCAGAAAAUGGGACCACAACAUUUGCAAGUGCCAAUGCAAAUGGGACAUCAGCAUUGUCAGAUAUCAUCCUCACAGAUGGGGCAUCAGAUUUUGCAGAUGGGAACUCAGCACUCCCAGAUGCCACAUGAAGCAAGUUCCCAUAAUGUACAGAUGUCAUCUCAGAUUGGAUCUCAGCAGACUCAUAUGCAGUCUCAAAUGGCAUCUCAGCAAUCACAGGUGCCUCCCCAUUUAGGUACUUCAAAAACCCUCAUAUUAACACAGUCGGUGUCUCAGCAGUCAUCACAUUCUGAAAUGGGUUCAAGGCAAACCCAAAUGACAUCUGAGAUCGAAGAACUGAAUUCUCGAAUAGUUUCAGAAAUAGGAUCUACUCAGACUCAGAAUAAUCCAGAGAUGGGGCAACAGCAGUCACAAACAAUUUCUGAAACUGAAUCUCACCAAACUCAAGGCCCAUCUCAGUUUGGACAACGUGAGCUACAGAUGCCGACACAGAUGGGUUCGAAGCAGUCCCAUAUGCCAUCCCUAGACCCCCAGCAGCACCAGGUACAGUCUCAGGCUGGAUCACAGCAGUCUAAUUUGUCUCCACAGUCGGAUCUGAAGCAGUCUCAUGUGGCUUCAGGAGUGGGAUCUCAACAGUCACAAAUGGUAUCUGAGCAUUCUCAGGUUUCUUCUCAGAUGGGAUCUCAUUACUCACAAGUAUCUCGUAUGACAUCUCAGCAAACACAGCUAUCUUUACAUGCAGGGUCUCAGCAACAGCAUGCCCCCACUCAGGCAGAAAAUGAGCAGUCACAGAUGCAUACACAUACUGUUCACAAUUCUCUGGUUCACUCUCAAAUUGGAAAUCAACAGACGCUGGCACCUCAACAAUCUCAGAAAUCAUCUCAUAUUGGAAAUCAGCAAAUGGAACGACAGAAUCAGGUUUCAUGUCAUAUGGGAGCUCAGUUUACCCAGAUACUUCCUCAUCCAAGUGAUCAGCAGUCCCAGCUGCUACCUCGGCCAGAUUCACAGUCACAAAUGUUACCUCAAAUGGUAUCUCAACAUACACAAGUGCAAUCUCAAACAGUGCAACAGAAUUUACAGGGUCAUCAAAUGGGACCCCAGAGCACUCAAAUUUCACAUCAGAUGGGACCCCAGAAUACACAGGUGCCACAUCAAGUUGGUCCACAAAACUCCCAGAUCCCACAUCAAAUGGGAUCUCAAAGUAAUCAACUGCAACAGCAGAUGGGAUCACAGAAUUCUGAAGUAUCACAUCAGAUUGGCUCUCAGAGCUCACAGAUGUUACAUCAGAACCCACAGAUGUCACAUCAGCUUGGAUCUCAAAACUGCCAAGUUCCACACCACAUAGGACAUCAGACCUGUCAGAUGUCUCAUAAUAUGACAACACAAAACUCCCAAAUGCAGCAUCAGAUGGCAUCUCAGAACACACAAAUCUCACAACAGACGAGAGGUCAGAACCCCCAGACAUCAAACCUGUCAGGUGCUCAGAACACCCAACUAAUACAUCACAUGGGAUCGCAGAACAUGCAAGGGUCACAUCAGAUGAUGCCUCAAAAUACUCAGUCAAAUCUUCAGAUGGGACAUCAGAAUUCUCAGAUGCCACCACAGAUGGUAUCUCAGAAUUCCCACAUGCAUCAUCAUAUAGGAUCUGUUAAUUCCCAGUUGCCUCCUCAGCUGGGGUCUCAUAAUUCACACGCAGCUCCCCAGAUGCAACCUCAGGAUGGACAACCUCCACAUCAGAUGAUGCUUCAGGAUUCCCAAAUGCCACAUCCAAUGGGGCAUCAGGACUCCCAGGUGUCACAUCAGAUGAGAGCUCAAGACACUCAGUUGCCACAUCAGAUGAGACCGCAGGAUACUCAAACAGCACACCAGGUCCUUCAGGAGUCACAGAUGACACAUCAGUUGCAGCCUCAGAACUCGCAGGUGCCAAAUCGUAUGGGACUUCAGGAACCGUGUGUGGCACAUCAUGUGGGAUCUCAGAAUUCUCAGCUGCAGCUUCAAAUGGGAUUACAGAGCUCUCAGUCUCCACAUCUCAGUGGAUCUCAGAAUGCAGAGACACCUUGUCAGACUAUGCCCCAGCACACUCAGCAGUCCCAACCUCUAGGUCCUCAGAAUUCUGUGUCAUCACAUUCAGGAGAACCACAGAACACUCAACAGCUGCAGCAUGUGGGAUCUCAAAACUCCCAGGUGCCUCAUCAGGGAGCCUGUCAGGAUUCACAGAUUUCACACAGUAUGAGUCCUGAGGACCCACAGCUGCCAUCCGAUAUUGAUUCUGAGGAUUCUCAGCUGCCAGCUCUAAUGGGACAUCAGAAUUCGAAGAUGACAUCUAAUACAGGGCCUCAUCACUCACAGAUGAUUUCAAAUAUUGAAUCUCAGUCUUCAAAGGUACCAGGAACACAGCACGGUUCUGUGGCUACACAAGUUGGGUGUCAGAAUCCUCAAACAUUAUCUCAGAGGGCAGUGCAAGAUGGGGACACCGGACCGAAGAUGACCUCACAGUUGUCUCAGGCUGCUAUUCAGAUGUCCUCUCAGCAUUCUCACAUGCAACUUUUGAUGAAUUCUCAGCAGUCUCAAAUCACACCAUUAAUGAACUGUCAACAGUCACUACAUAUUACAACCCCAGAACCUCAAAUAAGCUCUCAGGUAUCAUCACAGCAAGUACAGUUGCAACAGGUGGGAUCACAGCCAUCACAAAUGUCAUCUCACCUGAGAACACAGCAGUGCCAACUAACAGAAAUUGUUCAACAACAUUCUCAAAUAGAAUUUGAGCCAGCUCAGUUGACAUCACAGGUGGGAUCUGAUCAGUCAUGUAUUACAUCAGAGGUCAGAUCUCAACAGGAUCAGUCACUGGCCCCUAUGACAUGUCAGCAACCUGCAAAUAGUAACCAGAGAGAACUGCAGACGGAAGUCCAGGAAGGCUCCCAACAUCAUCAACAGCUUGAAACUCAGGAAGCUCCAGUGACACAGCAGACUGGAACACUGCAGAAUCGGACAACACUCGAUAUGACGAAAUGCCAGUCUCCCAGUGCAUCUCAAAUGGGAUCGCAGAUAUCUCAAGCAGACUCUCAGCUGCCUCCAGUGGAAUCAAAUAUGCACGGAAGACUAGGACAAAUUGCUUCUCACCAAUCUAAUGGAGCAACUCAGACUGGAACCCACUCUUCCCAAAUAUCACAACAAAUAACAGAAUCAGAGUCACAGAUGUUAAAACUUGCAUCACAUUCUAGCAUGAAAACUCAAUUAGAUAACCACCAGCAUAGAAUAAUAUCUGAGGCACAGCAGCACAAUCCAGUGGAAAGCCAGCAGUGCCAAAGGCAAGAACAGACAUCACCACUUAUGGGGGCAUUUGUAGAUGCUCAGCAGCCUGAAAUGACACCUCAAGCUGAGGGUCAGCAGUCCCAGGCAAGUAGUCAAAUUCUGCAGCCUCUAACAAGUCAUCAAAGAAUGGCAGAUAAUGAACACUGUACAGAAUUACCAACAGGCCAACAUUCCCAAGGAACUCAAGUAGAUACACAGAACUGUGUUAGAAACCAAAGCAACCAGACUUCGCAGUUAUGUGAAAAACCACUAGCAGAUACUCACGUUAGUCAGAUGUCACAAAUUGAAACACAUAUUUUCCAACAAACCCAGUUGGAGAGCCAAGUGAACCAGCAUCAGUACACGUGUCAGCAGUCUAACACAAACCAGCAGCAGCCUCACGUUGAGAUGCAAAUGGGGCAUCAUUCACAUAUGGGAAAUUACAUGAACCAGCAGACGUCACUGGAAAAUCUGUCUAAUUCUGAUAACCAUAUGAAUUGUCAACCAAAUCUGAAUCAGCAGUCACAGGUAGGAACACAGACAGGUCUCCAAUCACAAACUGAGUCACAAGAAGCCAUAUCUGUGGACCAGAAUACACAUUCAGUGAACCAGAAGUCUCAAGUGUGUGACAAUCAGUCCCCCACACACACCCAGCAGCAUCAAGAAGGGACUCAGACCCAGCAGCAAACUGAUCACUGUGAGCCACUUGCCGGACUGCACAUACCUCUGCAAGUGAACAGUCAGCAACAGCAGCAGCAGCCUGUGCCACCACCACCUGGCCACCCGAGUGAGGAACAAAACCAGAGGGUUAUUCAGCAGUCAGCAGUGGGCAGUCAGGUUAAUCAGUCUCAACAACAUACUGGCUCCAGCACAGAAAACAUUGUACCACCUGGGCAACAAAGUCAAGCUGUAGGCCAAUCUAGUCUGGUAACUGGAAACCAGGAAAAAUCCAUGCAGAACCAGCAAGAUGAAAAUGCACAUCACGACAAUUGUGCGACGUCUCAAUUGCACUUAAGUGGGUCAGAUUGUGAGUUGAUUAAUUUGGAAACUCAGAUACUUCAAAGUAAUCAGUUUUCAGUUCAAAAUCACAGUAAAGUAACAGAUGUAGAGAAUUUGCAGAAUGUCAUCAUAAGUGACCAUCAGAUAAGCAAUGAAAAUGGAAUUGUCACAAGCCAGGUGGGUCAGAUACAAGGUUUUAAUGAUAAAAUUACAAGUGUGCAAAACUCACAGGAAACCUCUGACAAAUUAUCCAGCAAGACUCAAGAUUGCCAGUCACAGAUAGAAUCUAUAAAAAAUCAUUCUGGAACUGAAAGUCAAGGAAAUGUUGAAAACUGUACAACUCAUUUAGAUAAUAUCGCAACAAAAAAUGCUGGUAACAGCAUUACUAAUGCACAGGAAGUUGUGGGAGACCUCGCACACAGUGUCAAUAAUGAGGCAUCAGAUGAGAGGAAAGAUAUGUCAACAAAUUUAAAUAGUAAACUUUUGCCCCCAUAUUCUGAAUGUCCAGAUCAAAGUAAUGAUUUGAAUGAUAUACAGUCACUGUAUUGUGAUCAUUCGUCUGUUGCUGGGAUAGAACAAAAUCGUCACAUAGAAGAUACCAACGCAUUGAACUCCAGUGUGCAUUCUGAAGUUAGCUGUCAUAACAGUAGUAGUAGCAGCAGUAGCAGCAGCAGCAGUAGCAGCAGUGGUACCUUAAGCAGUACAAGUCUUGACACUAAUAGCAGUAAUGGUAGUAAACUGAUACAAACUAGCACUAAUGCUGCAAAUUUUAUCGAUUUGAAGAUUUGUGAAAAUAACAGCCCUGUGUUCAAUUCGACAUCAGCAGAGCAAUCAUUUUGUGAAGAGACACUAAAACAAGAAACUAAGGAUCUGAUGUUUCCAGACUUCCACUCUACAUCUGGUAGUAUUUUCAAUCAGUUUGCAACUACACUUUCACCUACACUUUCACCUUGUGCUCAGACAUGUGAUAAAUCUUUGAAUCAGUGGGGACAGCAGAGAAAUGAUGUUUGUGAUGGAGAAAGACUGGUUGGUGGUGACACUGAGAAGCAGUCUUCCAGUUCUGAUAAGACACCCACGACAGAGAAUUCUCCCACUAUUCAAUCAUCGGAUAAAGUUGUUGACAGUAGUGGACCAAUUAAUACCCAAAGCGAAAAUAAUUGUUCACCAGUUACCAAAUGUGAAUUGAAAACUGAAUCUGAAGAAUGUUUCAGAAAUAAGAGCCCAUAUUCUGAGAUAAAGUAUAGUGAUAUGUGUUCUAAAGACAGUCUACUAAAGCAUGAAACAAUAGGGACAGAAUACUCAAAGCUCAAAAUGGAAGGUAAUAUAAAUGAAAUGAAGCAAGCAUCUGAUGAUAUUGCAACUAAACUGAAGAUUGAAAAUGAUGAUUCUCAUACUACAGUUGAUAGUUCCUCCCACAACAAAUUGCCCAUAGCAAAUACUGGUGUUUUGGAGAAAGGAAAGGAAAGUGAGAAAGGGAAUGAAAAACAAUCCAGUAACUUUGAUACUUCUUCCAAGAAGGACUGUGGUGGCGAAGGUGAGAAUAAGGAGAAGCAGAGUGAACCAACUGAAAAGUCAACGGAACCAGAAAAUGGUGAAAUUGGACCAGUCCAAGGCACAUACAUGCCAGAUGCAGCAAAAAUGACCGAGUCUGCCUUAGGAAGAAGUUUUAAAGAUGAUCCUGGCAUUCCUUAUGACUGGGCUACAGAGCUUCUGAAGAACUAUGUUCCAGGAUCUAUAGAAAGCUCAGCAAAAAUGGCAGUAUUCUUUUGCAUUCUUGAAGAAUCAAUGGCACUUGGUGAUCGUAUUUUAGUGUUCAGUCAGUCAUUAUUUACUUUAAACCUAAUUGAAGACUUCCUUCAACGAACAAAUCUUCCUGGACGGCAGGAAACUUGGGCAAGGAACUGGAACUACUACAGACUGGAUGGUAGCACAACAGCUUUGGAAAGAGAAAAACUAAUAAAUGAAUAUAAUUCGAAUCCAAACAUACACUUAUUUCUGGUUUCCACAAGAGCUGGUUCCUUAGGUAUCAACCUUGUUGGAGCCAAUAGGGUUGUAGUGUUUGAUGCAUCGUGGAAUCCAUGUCACGAUACACAGGCUGUUUGUCGUGUGUACAGAUAUGGGCAAAAGAAGCCAUGUUUUGUUUAUCGUCUUGUUAUGGAUAACUGUCUUGAGAAAAAAAUAUACGAUCGCCAGAUAAACAAACAAGGUAUGGCAGAUCGUGUAGUUGAUGAAUGUAAUCCCGAUGCCCAUUUAUCAAUUAAAGAAGUGACUAACUUGUGCUGGGAUAAUGAACAAGAUGGAGAUGUAAAAGAUUUUAGUAAAGAGAAGGACAAAUAUAUUGAUGUAGUGAUGCAAAAAAUUUUGGACAAACAUAGCAACGUACUGUCGAAGGAGCCUUUCCAGCAUGAAUCACUGUUGGUUGAUCGAAAGGAGAAGAAACUUUCCCAGGCUGAAAAGCGAUUGGCAAAGCGAAGCUAUGAAUUAGAAAAACAGGCCAACAUAAAUUAUAGCAGACCUCAGUACUCAUAUUACCAGGGAUCUGGUGGUAGCAGCUCAACAAAUUUACAAACAGGUCUCCAAAUAAGAGCAAUCCGGACUGAGGCCACAGGGGGUACUGUGCCAAAACCUGUGGCCAGUGUUCGACCAAUGCAGGCUGAAUUGAGUGGACAGCUGGAGCGUAGCCAGACGCGUUCCACGAUUUCAACAAUUAGUACUGGACGGUCACGUUGGAUUCCUGCUGAAGUGUGGCAACGGCAGGGCAUGAGUGCACAAGAAAUGACUUUGCCUUUGGAUGUUGUGAUACCCACUAAUUCACCAGAUAGAGCUUCAAUAGUCCUCAAAGCAGGCCAGAGGGUCAUGGUGCUGAAAAGCCCCAAGGGAAUUUACAUGCAGCUGGAAAAUGGAAAGAUAAUUGCAAUCCGUACUGCUUUUAAGGUUGGUGGUGCUGGAAAAGGUGCAGCUGGCCAAGAUUACAAAUCAACGGCAGCCAUGCAGGCAGAUAAAGCUGAAAUUGAAUCAAAAAUUGCAGAUAUAAAGAAAGAGGCCAACCUGGCUGCCCAAGCAAACCGUAAUGCACAAAAGGUGAGCAACGUGCUGCCCUUGAAGAACAACUCGGCCAUCACAAUCAUCCCAAAGGGUGUCAGUCCAACUGGUGGGGUUACUGGCAUUUCUGGGGUGCGAACCUCAGCUGGUAGAAGCAAAGGCUCCUGGGGAGGGGGUGGAACGGCAGGACGGGCGCGCCCAAGAACUCAGCCUGUGGCAACAGGUGAAGCGAGGCCAUAUUUCCAGCAGAAAGCAACACCUUCUGCACCAACUGCAACAGCUAAACCAUUCUUCCGUGAUGGAUCUGGAAACCGUUCCCAACAUAACAGUGGAUCUACCUGCACUCCUGCUGUGGUAACACCGGUGCUUCGUGAAAGUGGAGAAGAACCUGCCGAAGGGAGUAGCAGUACAUCCAACAGCCCGUCACCAGCACUAGAAUUACGUGGAAUGGCUGGUCCUGAUAAUCAAGAUGGCAUAUGCCGGGAACGUGAUUUGUCAUUUGGCAAUACUGGUAAAGGAAGAGUUAGUAAUACCAAUGAAAAUGCAUCUGAAAGGAAUAGUUCUAUAUCAGAGGGAGAUUUGUGGAGAUCAAGUCACGAUCAGCACAGUGACAGAAGAAACUUACCAAACAAUUCCAGUUCAGAUGAUGUUAGGAAAACGGCACCACAAGAUAUUAGCACAAAUGGUGCUGGCUUCCUUUCAUUUGCCACAGAUAACAAUAAACCCAAUAGUAAUCAGAUUGGAGAACAAUCAGUACGGAAGCAAAAAGAUGAUGGCCACUGUAAUGCUGUUAGUACAAAAGCACAGAGAGAAGAGCAUGGUACACACACUGGCACUUUAGAGCACAAUGAUGAAAGAUUCCGUGCUUCCUUUCCAGCCAACUCCACCCCUCAAAUCAGCAGGCAAAGGGAGGAUUAUAAUAUGCAAAGACAGUCGCAAGACCGGGAAUUUAGUGAAGCUCUUGGAAUUCAGAAAGGUAUGACAGUUAGAACAGCAAGAGGUGAUGAUCAGUUUGAAUCAACAUUGAAUUCAAAUGAGAUUUUGGAAUUAGGGAGGCAGAGAGAAGACCUUGAUAUUCAGAAAACCAGCCAAAGCUCAGAGUGCUUUAGUGAAACUGCAGAACUUCAUAGAGCAUUUACGGAAAGAGGAAAAAAAGAUGAUAGAUUGCUAAAUGCAAUAAGUGCUUGCGAUGCUCUGCAAGUAGGUAGAAGAAAAGAAGAUCAGUAUGUGAAUAAAAGAAAUCAGGAUAGUGGAUGUUUCAGUGACUCUAUUGAACUUACGAAGUCCUUUGCAGAGAGCAUGAGAAAAGAAAGUGAAGUUUUUUCAGGCACAAUAAACACCAGUGCUAGUUCACAAGUGGGAAUGAGUUCUUUUAAAAACUAUGAAAGUACAUUUACUGCAGCACAAAGACCCAUUGAGACAAAGGAAAGAGAUACAACUUUAGAUAGCAGUAUACAAUCUGUCAUGUCUGAAACACUUGCAAAAAGCUUCCGUACAGAGCAAAUGAGAUCAUCUCUAGGCUUUCAGCCACAGUUAGAGGAACAAUCUGGUAUGUGUUCUGGACAGGAAAGAAGUAGAAGCUCUUCAUGCCAUUCAGGAGAAUCUUCUCAUAAAAAUCACAUGCAAAAUAGUCUUAUUGAAAACUUCAACGAAAUUGGAUCUCAGAGUUCCCAUUCUACAACUUACCAGAGUGAGUGCAAAUCCAAAGAAAGUGAAUGUGAUGACAGAGAACUGAAGAAAGAUAGAGUAGAAUAUGUAUGUGGGAAGCAACCACAGAGUAAGCAGUUUACAACAAACUUCCCAAGUAGUACACAAAUUCUGGGGGAUAACAGCCCACCUAAUAAAAAAAUUAGAGUGUCAAAAUCUGUCCAGAGGAAUAUCUCUGAAUGCACAGGCAGUUACGAACCUGAAAUUCAAAUGCAGAUGAGACCUUAUGGAAACAACCAACAACAUAUGGGAACAAGUACAAAUUUCGCUUCCAGUUUGCUGACUGAUAGACAGACAGGCUCCCUAAGUAUUUCAAAACAGAGAUACCAAAACAGUGAACAUUUAAGGCCUGAGUACAGUGCAGCUGACUCAACAAAACCUGACAGUACUGACAGUAUCAAGUCUAGUUAUCAGCAACACCAACCUGACUCAUCAAAGUCCAAUUUUCAUAAUACGGAUUCAGCUAAAGCAAAUUACUCAGUGCCUAGUCAACUAAAAUCCAUGUAUCAUGGCACAGAACACUCUAAAUCAAAUUAUCAAGGCCAUGAGAUGAAGAAACCUGUAUUCAAGCAGUUGGCAUCACCUAAAAUGUCUUAUUCACAUGGGGAUGCAUCAAAAUCCAACUUUCAGCAAGACAUUAACAAGCAAAAUUUCCAGUCAUCAGAGCAAACUAGACAGAAUUAUAGUUCUUCAGAAACAAAAUCUACAUAUCAAACAUUAGAUGCCUCAAAAUCCUCACAGGAUGUCCAAACAUAUAAUAGUGCACCUUAUGGGCAGUAUCUCGGAAGUCAGUCAUACUAUGGAGGUCAGCAACAAGCAUCAUCAGUGAACGUCAACCAGUUUGGGGGUUCAUUUGGUGAUGACAACAGAUUUGAUCGAACUAUUCAAAAUGCUCAACAGGGCGUGAAGGAUAACACUUUACGAGACAGGCCGUCACCUGCUGGACAAAUGCAGCACAUGUCUGGACGUGCAAGUCAUACCCAGCAAACACCAGUAUCAACAAUUCGUAAAGAUCAAGAGAUUAGAGAUUCAAAACGUGACAUGAAGCAGUCACCAUCGUCUACGGUAGAUGACGCUCGCAGUCCGGGUGCUGCUAGUGGCACACGAAGCGGCAACAACAGUGCUCGUUCAACACCUGCUCCAGAAAUGACACCGUCAUAUGCUAAUGCUGGUACAACAACAACACCAAUGCCUCCUGCACAAGGUUCUGUAGUAUCGGCAGCAACUCAAAAUUUUCAACCGUACAGCGGUCACCAAAAUCCGUAUGAAGCAUAUCCGGGGACAGCAAAUUGUCGUUAUAGUGGUCCAGCAACUACUCCUGAUCCAUUUGGCUAUGCAACUACAGGAUUAAGGCCUAGUGGGCCUUCGUCAACUUACGGAGGACCGGGAACGACAUAUACUGGGUAUCCUGCCACUCGCUAUGGCGCCACAGAUUAUACCAGUGCAUCUGCGUACAGUGCAUUUCACCGACCAGAGCCUCAGCGCUUUCCUACUGAUAUGGGUCCAACAUUCCCAGCACCACCACCUCCACAACCACCACAGCCAUCCACAUUUGCUCUUGGCACUCAUCAGCGUGCUACAGGAUCUGACACUGCAAGUACUGCCAGUGGGUUCUACACGCAGAAUGUUUAUGGACCAACCACGUAUGGCCCACGGCCGAGCUAUCCUGGCCCGGAUCCUGCAUACUAUGGAGGACCUGCCACACCUGGUUUUGGUCCCUUUCUCAACCACCAUCUCCACCAGCAUCCAUAUGCUACGAUGCAGCCUCCUCCUACUGGCACACAAGGCCCAGGAACGGGCUCAACACACUGAAAUUCGAUUGCAAUGAAGUUAAAAAUGUCAAGCCUGGAGCUGAUUGAUUGGGAUAUGGUGGAUUACACAGUGAUGUAGAGUGUGGGACUUUGGAAAUUUGUUGAGUAUAGUGUGUAUAACAAAAAACGUUAGUGAUGGCAUCAAACAUUGCUGCUAAGAAUCAUGUAAUUUUCUAUUUUUCAUCCCCAUUAUCAUUUGAUAGCUAAAAUCCUCUCUGAAGGAAUGAAGCAAACCCCCACCGAAAUAUGUGAAAUAAUUUCUAUUUGAUGUUCACCAGAUUUUAUGUUAUUUGGUCUUUCUUCACUAUCUGAUGAUACCUGUUAGUAGAAGCAAAGCAAGUAAAUAAAAAUGGUAUAGACUGAGAGCAGCUAACAGUUCAGCAGAAUCUUGUGGUUGGUGCAUGAUUGUGACUGCAAAAAACUGUGAAAUAGUACAAACAUUUUAGUGAAUCUUUUGUACAAAUUAUUAUUAUAAGAGCAAAUGUGAAAAAAAAAUAAUGUCCUGACAGUGGGUACCGAACACUUUGAAUAGCUUGCAAGUUAAAAAGAGAAAGCUGUAUUGUAUUGUAUAAAUGUGUAAUAUUUUAUGUAAUUAUGAGAGAUGAUUCAUGCUGGACAGGUCUUGGGAAAAGCUGUAAAUGUAAUCUCUUAGUAAACAAAGACAUUUCAAGGUGGCAACUGGUAUGCGAAUUAUCACAGAUACGAAGUGUGUGAGUGACUCUUUAUGACUAAUGUUAAUGCUAUCUUUUUGCCAGAACUCAUUGCUUCAUUUAGCUUUCAGAACUACUUAGGCAACAAGUUGACAAAUUCUUGCUCUUCAAGCAGAUACACAAAACUAAAAUUCUGUGCAAUUAAUAUGAUGGUAAGAUGAAUAUUGGUAAAAAGUUUGGAAUGUAUUAAUACAACAAAUGAAAAAAUAUUUGUAAUUAAAGACAACCAGAGAUUUGUAGUAGGGGUGCUAAUACUUCAGAAAACAUUGUUUCUGAAUAAACAAAAUAUCUGUGUUACCAGACUCAUCGAAGUCUGGGCUGUAAUAUACAAAAUACCUGUAUUACCAGUCUCAUCAAAAUCUGGGCUGUAAACCUGAUCCAAAAACGAUGGUUCAUUCCCGAUUGAUCUGGCUCAUUUGUUGUGGGAAGUGUGAAAUUUUCAAAUUAACCUAUUUAUUAAUUUGCUGCACUUAUUGCUCUUAAAAUCCUAAAUUUAUACCAUAUGUGUCCAUUUUGGAUGAAAGUGUUCACAAAAUCAGUCGUAAUGACAGUUCUUCUACAGAUACAUUCAGAUAGCCCAGAUCUAGCAAAAUAUGCUGUGUCAACUGUGGUGUUAUGAACGAACAUUUAGUCAAUUGGAUCUUAUAAGUGUGGUGUAUUUAUUUAAACCUCCACUGCUGAAUGUUAUUUAAAUUAAGGAAAUGUAUAUACAAAAACAAAACAAAAUACUUCAGUACAGUUAUGCAUAAAUCAGUAUAGAAAUAAAAAGUGUGUGGCAUAGCAUAUUAGCACAGCUCGAUUGUGAUUACUCCCUCUUCCCUUUUUCUGCUUUGUCUUUGCUUCCUAAAAUAAUAAUUAUGUGUCAUUAUGUUUGUUAAUACUUGUCACUGCUUCCAAAUCUUUCACACAACCUUCAUUUUUUGUGCUCCAAAUUUUGUUACUCUGAUAUCUUAAUUUUUCAUCACCACUAACAUCAUGAAUAUUGUAAUCUUUAUUAUAUACACUUAUAUUUUUAUUCUACUCAUUUCUUAAUUAUCUUUUCCUCCACUUCAUUACAUCUCACUGCUCAUAUCUCAUCAGCAAGUUCACAGUUAUUCAAUCUGAUAUUGUAUUAUCAGUGUUCCUUUCAUUUUACUCCUUUCCUCUGCUGCAUGUCCUGAGCUUUUCUUCUUUAUCUGUAUUUCUCAGUUACCUGCCACCACUUUCUUACCUUCAGACAACACUUAACCUGCAUCUGUGGAAGUGGGACAAUUUGGUUCUGAAAGCACGUAGUUGAGUGAGUAUUUAAAAGUGUAUCAGUCAGCCAGGACCUUUGGAUUGUAUUUCGUAUGUACAGCUAUUUUGACAUGCUGUUGUUGUUAGUAUUUUUAGACCUUCAUACUUUACAUUCUUGUUCAUAUUGUAUUAAUAUGCUGCCAGUUUUGUUGUAGUUUGAAUUGAUGUGGCAUAUUUCCAUUUGGAUAUCAGUUCACAGUUUAUAUCUUGUUACCGAAGAACACCUUUCUGCCUUUUACGGAAGAUCAUUACAUAUAAAAGCAGUGGAGGGUGUAAUGCAGAACAGAAUGAAUAGCUGAAAACUAGAAAUUUUGUAAAACUAUUUGAUGUCACAACGGAGUAGGCAAUUAUCUAGAAAUUUUCUGUGGUGCAAAUAUUAAGUUAAUUAUACAUUUAAGGUGUUUGUAAAUUCAUUUGUGAAUAAAAGCUACAAGGCAUAGAGAUUCUGGUUAUAGAUUAAUGUACUAAAUGGAAGAUGUUUGUUGUAAAAAUUCUCAUGUCCAGUUAAACAAUACCAUGGCAGAUAUAAAUGUAACUGAAAAGUGCAAGAGUCUAAGUAUGCAAGAGUCUUAAGUAUGGAAGGAAUAUGUUUAAGUAUUAUUAGAUAUCUAAGUGCAUUUAAUGGACAUUUACUGAAAUAGUAUUUAAAUUUUUUACCCUAUUUGUUAUGCCCAUAUGUGUAUGGACAGUGUGUGUGUUUGUUUUGUUUUGUGUGUGUGUGUGUGUGUGUGUGUGUGUGUGUGUGUGUGUGAGAGGGAGAGAGAGAGAGAGAGAGAGAGAGAGAGAGAGAGAGAGAGAAUGUGGCUGAAGGUAAAUUAUGAAAACUAUCCUGUGUUCUUAGACUAUAGAUUACAGUCAUAUCAUGGAAAACAGAGGAUUUAUUGGAUUGAUAUGAAAUACUGUAGCAUCUAUUGCUUCACUGGGAAGAUAUUUUAAGACAAGAAAUGUUUAUAUACGAUAUUACAUUGAUAAAAUGCCAAAGACGAGAACAGUCAUGCAAUAUAAGCUACCUUUUCCUUUUUUCUGCAGUAUGUCCCUCCUAAGAGAUGUGUGGUGCCAUUUUCCUUAUUUGCAGUUUAAUUUCUGUUAUGUCUAAGUUUGUUCACCCAGAAACAUCCAUUUUGACAGAAAAUGUGAGUUAGUUUAUCAUUAUACACAAAGAGUUGUCCAAAUUGAUAGCAGAUUUGCUGUAUCACCAGAGCAGCCUUGGAUUAAUGUUGUACAAUGUUAACUAUAAAGGUAUUUAUUGGUAGUGAUACAAAAAACAAGGAGAAACAUUUGCGUUUCCAGCAGCAACUGCAUAAGACAGCUGUGCUGCACCAUGCUGAGUUUGCAGUCCCAUUACGCCACUGAGCUGUGCCAUGGUGUCAGCAGCUGAAUUCUUGUGAUGCUGCAGAAGCUUAUUGUUCUUCUGUUUUGUUGACUUCCAUCAUAUAUUCGUUAACUGAAUUUAGCUCCAGACCAAUUUGAGGUUACUGUAUAAUUUGGACACUUAAUGGUGCAGUGCAGACGACAAAUGGUGCAGUGCAGACGACAAUUGUUAUAAAAGAAACGGAAAUCAAAUUUUGUGUUACCACUUGCAUCACAUGAAAUACCUGAUUAACAAGUUUUGUUUGGGCUGUUCCACUUACACCACAAAACAAUUUGAAAAUACGUUCAGAAAUGGCAGAGAGGAGUGUGCUGACAAUUUUUGUUAGGGACAUGCAGCAUAAAGCUGUCAGAGUCUUGAUUAGUUCCUUGCAUGACACACCAAGAUGUGUUUUAUUCUGAGAUUUUUGUGCAAGUUGUGUGUUUAAAAUAAGUGUUCUGUGUUUUAUUACUUUAUUUUCAUUGAACUGUUGAUUAUAAACAAAAGUACUUGAUUACCAUUGAUAACUAAAUAUGUCAGCAUAUUUGAAGCACUCUCCUUCUGCAUUACUGCACUGUCGAUGUCUGUGGAUGCACUGAGGAACUCAUAUAAAAUGAUAGAACCUUCUUUGACAAGCAAAAGGUUUCCUGCUCACUUGCAGUUUCACACACUGUUGCCCACUUAUGUGAUGAUGAUUGAGAGAUCUGAAUCCUUGCUUCACUUAAACACUUCAUGUUGGUUUUGUGGAUGUAAUGUAGCACAUAUUGAAGCUGACCAACACUCUCAAUGAAGUAAGAAUCAUACAAGUUUCACUGCAAAUUUCUUAAUAUUUAAAUAUGAAAGACUAAUAUAUGACUUUAUGCUGCAAGAUCCAGGCCUUGAUCGUUUCCUGUGUUGUCAGCGCUGUUUUCUUCCAUUGGUUCUCACUGGGUGAAAUAGCCCCUUUUUAUGCAAAAUGCAUAACACAUAUAUGAACAAAAGCUGCCCUUUGUUACACUGUGACCACUCUCCUUUCCUCCUUUGUGAAUGCCAAAUCCAUGUUCUACAUGGGUACACGUUUUAUUCAAAGCUUUCGUUGCUAAAAUUGUGUUCAAAGCAAAAUGUUGUAGGUUUAUUGCUUCUUAUUGCUGUUUAUUCUUAAUUAUUUCCCAGGACACGCUCAAGAUCUCUUCAAAUGUUGGGUAGUGUUAGUGCAGUGGAACUUAUUACAUUUUUUGAGACAAAGGUGUCCACGGCAGUAAAACAGCAUCCUGAACUAUCUGACAAACUGCAGACAGUAACCAAAGAUACACAGAACAAAAGAAAUUACAACCUUAACAAUAGCUGUGAUUCCUGCUUAAGAUUAUCAGUUUACAAGACGAAAUAAAAUUGGUAUUGUUUUUAAUAAUCAGUUUAUUUUAGUUUAUUAAUGUGAAAAAUGCCAUUCAGUCAAGAUAUGAGGAAAAGUUAAUGUUUCAUAGUUUGCAGAUUAUGCCACAGGAGAAAUUAGUAUUCAUUGGCUGGGUUGCAUUUGAAAACAUUUGAUCUAUAUGCGGUUUGCUCUCUUCUUUGGCACAAGAUUAAUGAUAUUUGACUAUACAUUCAAGGCACGUUAGUUAAUUGUUGAAUGAAUUCUGUUUGUAUUUCCAUCCCAGAUUUGUUUGUUACUUUGCAAAAUGAUUUAUGAAUCAAAAUAUAGUUCACACACUACUUUCUCAUUUAAUGAAUCAGCUGUAUAAUGUUGUUACUGAAUGUUGUAUAUCAUCUGACAGUUGGUAACAUACUGUGUGGACUUCAUUUCACUGCUCUCUGAAAAGGACUUUGUUAAGCUAUGUAUAAGCACUUUGACUGCUUUUCUUUUUGUGAAGAUUCAUAAUUUGAUGUUCAUUUGAGCUGUAUAACUGUAAUGUAUAUUCCACUGGACUUUCAUAAUUUACAAACCUGUGUGUUCACUUGAUGAUAGAAUGAAAUUUUAAUUGUUUAAGUAUUUGUUUGUGAAGAUAAUUCCAUUAAUUACUCCUAAAAUGUAUAUAAUGUAGGUAGCUCACUGUAAUCUUUGUUUAGUCAUAGAAAAACCUGAAAUAUAGCUAUCUGCACUUA